ACGUCGAGCGGGGGGGGGGGCGACGGAUGAGGUGGAACGGUUAGUGCGCCUGGCGGAUGGGCGAAUGACGAUGGACGCGUCCGCGCACGCGAUGCGAGCGGCGCUGUUGCCGCGACGACGGUGCGCGGGAACGAACGCACACUUCCCGGGAGAAGUCAUGGUGCGAUACGUCCUGGCGAUGGACGGAGAGGGGAGGAAGUGGGUGACGCCGGACGCGCGCGGAGACGCGCCGGGACGCGGGACGUACGUCUCGGCGAACCCGCGCGCGUUGGAAUUGGCCAUCAAGCGAAAGGCGUUCGAGAUGGGAUUCAAACAGAGAGAAGUGCACGUUCCGGUGACGCUAGAGACGAUGACGCGGAGGGUGCUGAGGGCGCGCUUGGGGGAGGUGUUGACGUCGGCGUGUGACAGCGCGAGAGAGGUGCGCGCGCUGACAGACGCGCGCGGCGAAGAGAAACCGACGCUCACGGAGCCGGUAACGGCGGAUGAGUGGAUCGAAAUAUUAGCCAACGCGCAGAAACGUAUUGUUCCAGAUAAUUGGGCGCUCAUCCCGAGGAUUUCGGGUCACAUUGACGCCGACGUGAAUGCUCGUUUGGAGCGCUCCCAGCUCGAAAGCGCUGAAUCGCACAUCGGAUUCGGACUGAGUGCGCUCACCAUGGACGAGAUAAUCGCUAGUUUGGAUGCGUCUGGCAAAGACCGUGAGAUGGUUACCAACAUCCUCGGAUGUUUACGCAAAUUUCGUUCGACGGGAGAUUUAUCUGAUGCGCCGGUGCUCGUGGGAAUCGAUGGCGACGUAUCGUUUGCUUUGCGUCUUGCACAACUUAAAGUUCAACUUUUUGAGCGAUAA